UCUGACAUUACGACGAUAAACAUAACCUUAGAUUCUGUGAACUGAAAAAGGGAAGUUUAAUUAGCAAGCAUUUGUUUAAAGUUUGAAAUUGUCUUUUCUCCAAAAUGUUGUCAAUUUUUCGUGGUAUUGCCUCGAGAAUUGCACCAAGUGCAUCAAUUUUAAGCAAUUCACAAUUUCAUACGAGCGCAAUUUUGAACGCUGAACCGAGAAAAUUUCUUAUGUACAAUGACAAGGUGUUUGAACCACAAACAGAAGAUGAAGUACCAAGAAAAGCGUUUGUUUGCCAUUCAAAAUACAACAUCAAAUAUAGUCCGGAAAAAAUGUGGUACAUUGCGUGUAUGAUUCGUGGUAUGUCAAUUGAUGAGGCCAUCCGUCAAUUACGAUUUGUUGCAAAGAGAGGAGCCGUUUCAAUAUUGGACACAUUGUUGGAAGCUCAAGAGUUGGCUAUUAAAGAACAUAACGUUGAAUUUAAAAGCAAUUUAUGGGUUGCCGAAUCGUUUACGGGAAAAGGAUAUGUGAUCAAAGGUAUACGUCGUCAUGCUAGAAUGAGAGUGGGUCGCGUUGAAUAUAAAUACUGUCACUACUUUGUUCGCUUGGAAGAGGGCAAACCACCAAAAGACUACUAUGGAAAUAAAGUCACGCCUGAACAACAACUCGACAAAUGGAUGGAUGAAAAACGAAAGAGAAAAAUCUAUAAUUCUUUGUAAAUUUUCAUUGUAUUGCGUUAUUUACAUGCAUUAGAAAUAAAAGAGUCGACAUUUUGAAUUAUAA